AUGCGGGAGAUUAAAAUCCAAAAGCUCUGCCUAAAUAUCUGCGUUGGUGAGAGCGGAGAUCGUCUUACGCGCGCGGCCAAGGUCUUGGAGCAGCUGACCCAGCAGCAGCCUGUUUUUAGCAAAGCUAGGCUGACUGUACGUACAUUCGGCAUUCGCAGAAACGAAAAGAUUGCCGUCCACUGUACUGUUCGCGGGGCGAAGGCUGAAGCGUUAGAAAUCCUUGAGCGUGGUCUGAAAGUGAAGGAAUAUGAAUUGCCCAAAUCCUGUUUCAGCAAGAUGGGUCACUUUGGCUUUGGUAUUACGGAACAUAUCGAUUUGAACCUGAAGUAUGACCCCGGCAUCGGCAUUUAUGGUAUGGAUUUCUACGUCAUCCUAGCCCGCGCAGGCCAGCGUGUGGCCCACAGGAGAAGGUGCGCUUCUAAAGUCGGCCCCAAACACCACGUCACUAAGGAGGAAGCCAUGAAGUGGUUCCAAACCAAAUAUGAAGGCAUCCUGAUGAACAAGUAG